AUGAGCAGAGGUGUCAGCACUGUACGCGAGCUCUGGACUGAAUGGCACGUCGGUCUGUCUAAUCGGCCAUCAAUUGAGUCGCUAGAGAAAAAAUACGGGCGAAAAUGGCGGCUAUCAUCAAAAGAAUCCAAGUUUUACUCUCGCAGACACUGUGUGAUCAAACGCUUCUGCGUGGCUCAAACCGAGCGUGCGGCUGCAAUGCGGCCGCUAAUGCUUGGCUUCGCUGUGAGUGCCCCCACGGAUCGACGACGGUUACAAGUUGUGUGGAUUGUGGCGGUAGCGAGUCAGCAGACUGCGGUCACCACUCCGGAUCUCGAGAAGAUCGCAAAAGGGGCGAAGUGGACAGAGCGGAAGUAUGCGAGAACGCGAGGCGAUACCAAGGACGGCAGUGUGCGGUGGGUACGCAACGACAAGGGUGAUGAGAUUCGAAGAGGCCCCAAGUAG